GCCUSCCAUUCAAUCGWAUGUCAACSGCGUGGAGACAUGCGCGAUGGAGACUCAGGACAUGGUGAAGGGUAUUGCAGGUGUCAGCAACGAAGGGAUAUCGGCCGGAGCAAACACCACGGACUGUGCAGUGGCCCUUGCGGGAAUUUGUGCGCAGGCUGCAGACUUGAGCACGGAUGGCGACACGAGCGAUGAUGGUGCAGAGUGUCUUGUUCCAUACGAGAAUGUUGAGAGGACGAGAGCAGGAGGACACUUCCCGUAUGAUGUCAAUUGGGUGCCUGGUCGUCUUCAACCGGGUACCGUUGGAGGAACGCCGUGCUUUGCGUUCAAAGUGAAUGGGGAAUGGGUUCCAUAUCCCGCCCCCACAGAGACGUCGUGGAGGUGCGUGACUCUGUCAAUCAUUUUCGACAGAGUGCUGAGGUUGAACGAUGCAGCGACCCCUGAUGAGAAAUCACGGCAUGUGUUGAAACUAUGGCGUGUUCUGGACGCGAAGGGCGAUUUGAGGCUGAAUGAUUUUGAGUACGAUAGUGUCGACUGCGGAGAGUCAUGGGUGAUUGGCGGGUUGGACACUACAGCGGGCUCGGUUUGUGCAGAGACUGAUGCCAGGAGGGAUCCACGGUGGGGUUGGGUGCCACAUGACGCCCCCCUUCUUUGUGGCCGUGUGAGGAUGCCCAUGCGUGACGCCAUGGGCAAUGUAUGGACCGUGUGUUACAUAAGCGGCAGCUUCAUGUCCAGGCACCUGAACAGGGAGGUGGCUGAAGAGGAGAAGAUGACGAUGGUUUGUCCCACCGCUGCUGCUCGUUGUUUUUCGCCGCCUCUUCGGAACCUUGUGGAGCUCGAGGUGGCAGAGGGGAAAGUGUUCGCGGGUGAGCAGGGGUACACAUACACGCAUGCCAGAGGGGAGGAAGCUACUGCUGAUGGAUUGUCCCCGCUGGUAUGGAACCCGCCCAACCUGAAGCCUGACGUUCUGGCUGCCAUGGACAUUAUGGCCCAUGUCAUCCCUGAGGGGCAGUUGCAGCACCAUGUGGCCCCUCAGAAGUAUGGAUAUCGCAUGGUGGAGCAGUGGCAGUUCCUGGUGGUACUGGCACGUGUGUCCAUUUUCAAUGCAGAUGUGAAGGAGCACGUUCUGGUUGUGGAGCAUGCAAAGCGGUGCUGGGAGAAGAUAAGGGAGGAGGACCGUCAGAUGGUGUGCAUGGGUUACGACUCCAUGCCAAAGCAGGGGAUGUGGUCCAUGGUUGAGGGGAGUCCUGGUGGGCAAGGGCAGGGCGAUGAGGAGAACAUGUACAUGGCUCACAUCCGCCGCAGGCAUGGAUGCUCCGCCCAUGUUGGUUGGGUCCCGCCCGUAUGUCGCCUGACAUACGAGCAAGGUGGAGAGAUGACGAUUAGGUUCAAGGACCCGCUUGGUUUGCCGUUUCUGCUGACGUACUCGGAUGGCCUCCUACGAGACAUUCGGUAUAUGGUGCACGAGGACAUCCGAGGUGGACUUCAGAGGCCGGGACAGACGGAGGAGACGCGCCUGGGGCAUCAGGGUGGUUUGUCUGCUGAGGUGGAGGGCCCACGUGGCAGUGAGCGAGUUGCAGGGUGCUCUGCAGCGCAGGCUGACGUGGCCGGGCCCAGCAACACUGCGAUGUCCCACAGCCCGAGGAAGGUGAAGGGGGUUGUGUCGAGGCCACAGAGGGGGAAGCCGAGAGAAGAGGUCGAAAGACAAAGCAUUUGCAUCAUGUCGAUGUCGGUAGCACAGGUGGCGAAGGCUCUCGCAGAGGUGAUGAAGUAUGCAGAGGAGCGAUUCCACUACAACGACCGUGGCGAGUUGUCUUUGGUGGAGGAGAGGGUGCCGCGGUACUUUGCUGUUACCGUGGAUAUGAGAUCCACGAUCAUGGCCAACGGCAGUGGUUGCGAAAUGGACAACGGUCCACUGGUGUGCGACUGCGGCAGACCUUUCAUGUCCUUACGGACUUUAAACUCGCAUCGUGCGAGGGCAUGCCCGGCCGUGGUGGAAGAGGGGGCGCAAAGGCAGGAGAACAAUGUUGCCCACGACCCGAGGCCAUCCGACAUGGGCGCAGCAAAUCUCGCAGCUGAUGACAGCGACGACGCGGGGGCAGAGGACAACGCGAACGGGGCAGCGGGUGACAACGCAGAGCCGGAAGCACAACUUGUCGAGCCUUUUGACAACUCGCGCAGGCUAGCAGCGCUUAUUUUGUCCGCACGUGGCGGCGUCGGUAUGUCGCAUUGCGACGUUGAUGCUCUCUUGUCACUUCUCAAAGACUCGAGAUUCAGUGCGGCGGACAUUGCGUACCGCAACAGUCGAAAGUGCUUCGCAUGGGCGGGCAGUCUCCCAGAGGCCGCCGGGUGGAAGGAGUCGGACCUGCGUAGUGACGACUGGCCUGAAGGAGCGCACGCCAUCUUGUGGCACCGCGAUUGGCGAACUGCAUUCUUGUCGAUAAUGCAGGUCGCGUUGCAGAAAUGCGAGACGGUUCAUUCCCUUGAAGUGUCCCCGCCGUCGGACGACCACAGUGUGUCUUUGAAACCCGCAGGAAAGAAGGACAAGUGCUGGAAGAAAUCGGGGGCUGAGAAGAGGGAGUCGAAAGAGCAUCGCAGAAGCGGUGCCGGCCUCUCCACGAAAACGGCGCACAGACGCAGACGUAAAUCCGAGUCGAAAGUUACAGUCCCUUCGAGUGAGCGGGACAUUUCAACGCUGAAAGAACGUAACGAGUCGCCCCCCUCGACCCCUGUCGGGGGAAAGCGAGGAAGAGGCGUCGAGAACCGUCCGCCGAAGGCCCCAGAAAAAAAAUCGCGGGAUGAUAGAAGCGCGACUACUCACCGGAGUUCAAAGAAGAGAAUAUCCUACAAAGACGAGAGACCAGUGGAGACAAUCGAUCUUGGAGGGUCUGACGACGGGAACAAUACACCCCAAGCGAAAGAAGAGGAGGAACACGACCGUUCCACGCCAGAGAAGUCAGACGGUGCGGAGGAUGAGGAGGGGGGAAACGAGGGAGACGACAGCGGUCCUUCCCGCGGGCAGUCACAAGACACCGACGAGGACGACAACAGCGACAACAAAUCGGCCAGCCAAAGUACCGGCGAAGACCGGAGCGCCGCUUCGGAAGGAGAUGAUUCGCCAUCUCCUUCGAGGACGCUGCGCAGCGAAGGAGAACGGCAGGCACGCAAUGGCAGCGACAUCGAGGAGCCUGUCGGUGACAGACAAAUCAUGCAGCACGUGAGCGCAACUGGAAAAGAGGACACGUUUUUCGCGGCGGUGCAAGCGACGGCCAAACUGGCAGGGGGGACAGCAGAGGAAGGGCUGCGGUCUCACAUUGCAGAGCGCGGGAUUCGAGCUGUCAUAGGGGAAUGCAACAAAAUUAUGACGACGAUCCGCGGAGAGAUUACCUGGCAGCUGAAGCAUUGGUUCUGGGCAGAAAAAGGGAUUCCGCUGGUCGGAUCGCAUCAAUCGGACCACCACCUCCCCGCUCGCAACAAGAUGCGCGCCGAGAUGAAAGAGAACAAGACAUGGAGACGGAGCGGCGACGAUCCGUGGGGCGUCCCCGCCUUCAAGACGACUCUCUUAAAAGUUUUCCAGAUGAGGAAGGAAGGACGAAACCUCGGCGUCACCCUGCAGCAACUCGCUUUCGCGGAGAUGGUCAUUCAAUGUGAGAUAGAACAGACAACGAAGACGACACGAGUUGCGGAGCAAAUAGAAAAAUUGGUAUCUAUAAAGCAGGCAAUCGUCUCAUCUCUACGAGCGCGCGACACGCGGUCGGAUAAGAAGGAAACAAUGGUUCCUUGUAUUUUGCUAUGACUUUUUUUGACAUUCCAUGCAUGUGUGGCAAUACGACUCCACAUCCCUAUUACAAACCAUCCCACCAGUAAAGAUUCAUGACCUUC